CUGCUGACAUUGACAAUGAAUCCGAACAGGAGUUGCACUAGCGGUGUCCACCACGUUGCUUCAACCCCCGCCUGGCCUUCUGGGAGCUGUAGUUUUCGCAGGAGCUGCUCCCCCGGCGAGCCGGGAAUGCCCCGCCCGGAUCGAACUACAGAUCCCAGGCAGCGCGCGGCCGCCGGCCCCUCCCACCCGGGUGCGAGUGUAAACUCACCGCGCUGGGGCUGGCGGCCGCGCGCGGGCGAGGGGCUGAGCUCGGCACUGCGCGGGGGCGCACCGCUCGGGGGACCCAGGCCUGACCACCUUCCCUCCGCCCCCGGGCUCUGUUCGCACUUUCCAGCAGUAGAAGGCCGGGAAGCGGGAGCCAUGCAGUCGGAAUCGGGGAUCGUGCCGGAUUUCGAAGUCGGGGAGGAGUUUCACGAAGAGCCCAAAACCUAUUACGAACUCAAAAGUCAACCCCUGAAGAGCAGCAGUUCCGAGGAGCAUCCUGGGGCCUCCAAGCCUCCGAUAAGCUCCUCAAGUAUGACAUCGCGCAUCUUGCUACGCCAGCAACUCAUGCGUGAGCAGAUGCAGGAGCAGGAGCGCAGGGAGCAGCAGCAGAAGCUGCAGGCGGCCCAGUUCAUGCAACAGAGAGUGCCCGUGAGUCAGACACCAGCCAUAAACGUCAGCGUGCCCACCACCCUUCCGUCUGCCACCCAGGUGCCGAUGGAAGUCCUUAAGGUGCAGACCCACCUCGAAAACCCCACCAAGUACCACAUACAGCAAGCCCAAAGGCAGCAGGUAAAGCAGUACCUUUCUACCACUUUAGCAAAUAAACAUGCCAACCAAGUCCUGAGCUUGCCAUGUCCAAACCAGCCUGGCGAUCAUGUCAUGCCACCGGUGCCGGGGAGCAGCGCACCCAACAGCCCCAUGGCUAUGCUUACACUUAACUCCAACUGUGAAAAAGAGGGGUUUUAUAAAUUUGAAGAGCAAAACAGGGCGGAGAGCGAAUGCCCAAGUAUGAACACACAUUCUCGAGCAUCGUGCAUGCAGAUGGAUGAUGUGAUCGAUGACAUCAUUAGCCUAGAAUCAAGUUAUAAUGAAGAAAUCCUGGGCUUGAUGGAUCCUGCCUUGCAAAUGGCAAAUACGUUACCUGUCUCCGGAAACUUAAUUGACCUUUACGGCAACCAAGGCCUGCCGCCCCCAGGCCUCACCAUCAGCAACUCGUGUCCAGCCAACCUCCCCAACAUAAAAAGGGAGCUCACAGCGUGUAUUUUUCCCACAGAGUCGGAAGCAAGAGCAUUGGCUAAAGAGAGGCAGAAAAAGGACAAUCACAACUUGAUUGAACGAAGAAGAAGAUUUAACAUAAAUGACCGCAUUAAAGAACUAGGUACUUUGAUUCCCAAGUCAAAUGAUCCAGACAUGCGCUGGAACAAGGGAACCAUUUUAAAAGCAUCUGUGGACUAUAUCCGAAAAUUGCAACGAGAACAGCAACGUGCAAAAGAACUUGAAAACCGACAGAAGAAACUGGAGCAUGCCAACCGGCAUUUGUUGCUCAGAAUACAGGAACUUGAAAUGCAGGCUCGCGCUCAUGGACUUUCCCUUAUUCCAUCCACGGGUCUCUGCUCUCCAGAUUUAGUGAAUCGGAUCAUCAAGCAAGAACCCGCCCUUGAGAACUGCAACCAAGACCUCCUUCAGCAUCACGCAGACCUAACUUGUACAACCACCCUGGAUCUCACAGACGGCACCAUCAGCUUCAACAACAACCUCGGAACCGGGACCGAGAGCAACCAAGCCUACAGCGUCCCCACGAAAAUGGGAUCCAAACUGGAAGACAUCCUGAUGGAUGAUACUCUUUCUCCGGUUGGUGUAACUGAUCCACUGCUUUCCUCAGUGUCCCCCGGAGCUUCCAAAACGAGCAGCCGAAGGAGCAGUAUGAGCAUGGAAGAAACCGAGCAUGCUUGUUAGCAAAUCCUUCGCACUCUGCAUUCUCACAGACUGCUUCCUUUCUUGAUUAGUAGAUUUCAUAAUUUACCUGAAGGGGUUUUCUUGAUAAUUUUCCUUUGAUAUGAAUUUUUUUUUCAUGCUUUAUCAAUAGCCCAGGAUAUAUAUUAUUUUUAGAAUUUUGUGAAACAGACUUGUAUAUUCUAUUUUACAACUACAAAUGCCUCCAAAGUAUUGUACAAAAAGUGUACAGUAUCUGUGAACUGAAUUCACCCUGGACUUUAGCUUUCUGAGCAAGAGGAUUUUGCAUCUGAGAAAUUUCUGUCCAUUUUUAUUCAGGGGAAACUUGGUUUGAGAUUUUUAUGCCUGUGACUUCCUUGGAAAUUAAAUGUAAAGUUUAAUCGAAAGAAUGUAAAGCAACCAAAAAAAGAGAGAGAAAGGAAAGAAGACAAGAAAUCCACACUAACCCUUUUCCAUUUUGUAAAUGUAUUGAUUUAUUGGUACUGCCUUAAAGAUACAGUACCCUUCUAGCAUCAUUUAGUCUUUGUACUGCAAACUAUUUAAAGAAGUACUAUAUUCCAUACAAGAAAAAAAAUGUAACUAUUUUCAAGAGGAUUGUCUGGUUAGAAAACAUAACUGAUACCUUACUUAGGUGCAGCUGAAAUUGAAGGGAGAUGGACAAGGCUCUGAAACAUGGGGUCUGAUCUUGCUCUUAUUUGCUCUGUGCUCUGUUACAGUUUUCAUCAAUGAGUGUGAUUCAGUUUUUCAUAAGAUAUACUUUAUUUUGAAAUGGAAAUUAAUGUCCUCUCAAAGUAAACUAUUAAGGAGCACUGAACGUUUUACUUUUUUGUUUUCUUUAUUUUCUCUUUUGAUAAGAAAACCAAACCGGGCACAUUUCUAAUUGGCUUUACUAUUUUUAUUUUUAAAUUAUGUUUUACUGUUUAUUUGACUUGUACAGACUCUUUAUUAUCAUCAUUCUUUUCAAUAUGUUUGUAUUAAUUUGUAAGAAUAUGCAUCUUAAAAUGGCAAGUUUUCAAUAUUUUUACGACUCACUGGUGGUUUUCCGCAUUCUUUGUACACACAUGAGAGAAAACUUUUAUGCAAGACCUUGUGUUUAAAGAGAGCUUUGCAAAUUUUUUGUGUAUUACAGUCUCACUCGGAACUGUUUUUCGGCACAUUUAAGGUAUAGUAUUAAUAGGUUAAAAUCGGCUUUCUAGAGAGAAUAAACUUACGUAUUUAUUUUUAGUGAUAUAAAAAUAGCAAUAUUCUUGGAAACCGAUAACCAUAGCGUUAAUGCGCCCAUUAUGGUCAUAUCAAUUGGUGUUUAUUUCAGCAAACUUGCUGAACUUUUUUAAAGAGAGAAAUACUGUAUUGGCAGAUUACUGUUACUUGAUAACAAUGUUUUAACAAGCAGCAAUGUUGUAAAGUUAGUUUCAGUGCAUUAUUUACUUGUGUAGUCCUAUGCAAUAACAGUAGUGUUACAUGUAUUCUAUCAAGCCUAGAUGUUUUAUACAGAUGACAUAUGGUGUUAAGAGCCAGGCUGCUGAAUGGAAUUUUUCAGUAGCAGCCUACAAUUGAAUAGCAAGUGGCAUAAAGCAUAUCCAUUCAGAAUGAAGUGCCUUAAAUAUAGCAGUAGUCUUUUUUGGACUAGCACUGACUGAACUGUAAUGUAGGAGAAAGUUUCAAGAUGGUAUCUGUAGUCAAGAGGAACAUGUAGCAUGGUGCCUAUGUAGACAAUAUAAGAGCUUCCAAUUUUCCUUCAGAUAUUUUUAAUAUUAAAUGUAUUUUAGUGACAGAGUGCCAACUUCUUUCAUCAGGAAACCUUAUUCAGGAGGGUUUUUUUAAAAACAGAAAAUGAGUUUAAAUGUCAAAUGUGAAUUGGUGGUGGGUAUUGGAGGGUUCGGGCGAAGGAGAGAUUGUCAGAGGUAUGAAUGGAUGGCUUCCGUGAAAAUAAUCAACCGCAUCGUUCCCAUGCACGCUGGGCAAUGAGAAUCUUUGGAAACAUUGAUGAUGCUAUCAGUUUUAUAGCUUUAUUACUUAAGGGGGUCGGGAAAAUUAGUUCCCAUUCUUUCAACCCCCUUAAUUGUAUAGCUCUUUUCCUAGAAUAGUGAUGCAAAUCUGCAUGAACAGCUAGUUGUACCAUAGUGUUCAUUGAUACAAUCAUACCAUUGUCUGUUUUUCUCUUCAUAUUUAUAUGGGGGAAGGGGAGCUGGGUGGGUGCAAAAGUUGAAGAUCGCGAUGGUAUGAUGCUAGUUUUCCUUAGCUGAUUUUGAGGGUUCUUUAAAAAUAGAGCAAGGUUGACUAACGCAUGGCCCAGGGAAUAUGGCCAGGGUGAAGCGGCCUAAUAGAAAGCUUUGUUGAGAGAAAGCAUGGCAUCUGGACCACUGCCCUGACUCUCGCAACUCCUGAGCUCGCCAUUGCCUGCUUCUCCAUCCCCUUCUUCUCAAGAGACAAUUUCUGGGAGUGGCUGGUGAGCAAGCCCAGGAGAAUGCUGCAACCUCGGGGGUGGAUUGAUUUCUUUCUUUUUUGCCAAAUAGAGUGUGGAUUCGUUUUAGGGACUAGUUAAGCCAAGAGGUGCUUGUUUGGGCUUGCCAUUUGUGACAACGAGAGAAUGAUCCACACACCACUCCCCCCAUCCCUGGGUACAGAAUUGUGACUCAGGGUUGGUCCUCCAUAUGGAGUCACCGAAAUGCCAAACUUGUCCACCUGCCUCUGGGUAAGGCAAUUGAAAUACCAAACCUUCUGACUUUGCCAAAAAUCAUACAACCAACCUGGUCAUACAUAGGAUGACAAAGUUCUUUCUGGUUGUUUUUAAAUAAUAAAGCAAUAAGAACAAAUAAAAUACAUAGGACGUUAAAAGAUGUAAAAUAAAGCACAAAGGAAUGCACUUAAUAUUUUUUAAAAAUGCACUGGGGAAAAGUUGAUGUUGAUAACAGUAUAUUAAAAACCCUAUUUCUUGGAAAAAAAAAAGACAAAUGACUGUCUCUUGUGGACGCUUGGUACUGUAAUGUUAAUAAUAGUCACCUGCUGUUGGAUGCAGCAGUGAUUUCUGUAUGGUCCAUAGCACUGUAUAUUAUGGAUCAAUAUUAAUGUAUCCGAUGAAAUAACUGAACUGUUGUUCUUGAUAGCUUCAUUAAAGCAUUUGGUUUUUCACAGAA